UUCAACAAAAGGAGAUGCAAAUUUUGAUGAUAUCUUUUGGUCAAGUAUAGUGUUAAGAAAAACACUGAAAAAUCUUGUAGAAGUAGUGAUUUUUUUUGCAAGUAAACCCUCAUUUUUCUGCUUUCUUCUACAUUACGUUAACCCCAUUACAAGAUACUAGCACAAGAAAUCAUUUUGAUAAUGGAUAUUUUUGUGGGCUUGCUAUUAUUAACUGCUGUUACAUCUUACUUGCUAUGGUUUACCUUCAUGUCACGCUCACUUCGAGGUCCACGUGUCUGGGUUCUAUUGGGUAGCUUACCCGGAUUGAUCGAGAAUUUUGAGAGAAUGCAUGAUUGGAUGGCUGAUAAUCUCAGCGCGUGUGGUGGCACGUACCAAACAUGCAUCUGCGCCAUACCUUUCUUGGCAAAGAAGCAAGGUCUUGUUACUGUAACGUGUGAUCCAAGAAAUCUAGAGCAUAUACUCAAAAAUAGGUUUGAUAAUUACCCUAAAGGUCCUACAUGGCAAGCUGUGUUUCAUGAUUUACUUGGAGCUGGAAUCUUCAACUCAGAUGGUGACACGUGGCUCUUCCAGAGGAAGACAGCUGCCCUUGAGUUUACAACUCGAACCCUCCGUCAAGCCAUGGCUCGAUGGGUUAACCGAUCAAUCCAUGCACGGCUUUGUCCGAUUCUUGAAUCGGCUCAAAGCCAAGCCGAGCCAGUUGAUCUCCAAGAUCUUAUGCUUCGGCUUACAUUUGACAACAUAUGUGGCUUAGCGUUUGGUAGGGAUCCCAAUACAUUAGCUCCGGGAUUACCGGAGAAUAGUUUUGCCAACGCUUUUGAUCGAGCCACAGAAGCAUCCCUCCAACGGUUUAUUUUCCCGGAGAUCAUAUGGCGGCUUAAGAAAUGGCUUCGGCUUGGGUUAGAAGUCAGCUUGAGCCGAAGCCUUGUCCAAAUAGACAAUUAUUUGUCUGAUGUCAUAGAGACACGUAAGCAAGAAUUGCUGAAUAAGCAAAGGGACUAUGAUGAUUUACUCUCAAGGUUUAUGAAGAGGAAGGAAUACUCAUCCUACUCAGACAAGUUUCUUCAACAGGUGGCAUUAAAUUUCAUCCUAGCUGGACGUGAUACAUCCUCUGUGGCAAUGAGCUGGUUUUUCUGGCUUGUGAUACAGAAUCCUAAGGUUGAAGAAAAAAUAUUACAUGAAAUCUGCAAUGUCCUGAUUGAAACACGCGGUACUAACAUUGAAAAAUGGCUUGAUGAGCCAUUGGAGUUCGAAGAGGUGGAUCGUUUAUUUUUCCUUAAGGCAGCAUUGUCAGAGACCUUAAGGCUGUACCCGUCUGUGCCGGAGGACUCGAAGCAUGUGGUUGCUGAUGAUGUGUUGCCAGACGGUACAUUUGUGCCUGCAGGUUCAUCGAUAUCGUACUCAAUAUACUCUGCAGGGAGGAUGCAGAGUACAUGGGGAGAGGACUGUUUAGAGUUUAAGCCAGAAAGGUGGUUAUCUCCUGAUGGUAAGAAGUUUAUGAUGCAUGAUCAUUUCAAAUUUGUGGCAUUCAAUGCUGGCCCUAGAAUAUGUCUAGGGAAAGAUUUGGCUUACUUACAGAUGAAGUCAGUGGCGGCCUCAGUGUUGCUCCGCCACCGAAUGGUGUUGGUGCCAGGGCAUAAGGUGGAGCAGAAGAUGUCAAUUACAUUGUUCAUGAAAUAUGGGCUUAAGGUGAAUGUGCAUCAUAGGGACCUAAACCAAGUAAUUGCAACUUUGAAGCAAGGUAAAGAAAAUUUACUGUCAGAGUAACAGAUACAAUUAGAUUUCAGGGUUUUUUACUGCAGUAAAAGAAUGAAACUUUGGCUCAAUUUUUGGGAAGGUGCAAAAAAUUCAUGCUGAAAGGUAUGUUUCAUUUAAUAUGUGAGAGAGCAAAAGGAUCACACACUAUAUGACUUGAAUAUUUUCAGAAGACUUUUAAGGGUUGGGUUGUCUUUCUUACAGCUGUUUGGUCUUGCAUUUCAUGAGAAAUUCUUAAUUUUUGUAUUAAGAGGGCAUUUAUAACCCUGUGUGUUUUGGGCCACCCUAGAAUUGUAGGGCACCCUUUGAAAAUUUGUUCAGGCAAUUCUUUUUCAAUUUUUGUUUAAAUUGUUUAUUGACAUUUUGUAAUUACAGUAUAUCUGAAGCAAUAAAGUAUUGUAUUAAUUUCUUCAA